AUUACUAAAGCGUGAAGAUGUACAACUAUUUGCUAUAUUUCAUUGGUUACUUGCUAAACCAAAGACAUAUCAAUAUAUUGAUAGGUCUUUGGCUAAACUGCUGGUUAAACAAUCAUUUAAUAUAAUAAUUGCGCUUUGAAUCUCUAAGCAACAUAUUGUAUUGUUAUAAAAUGUAACGGAUUAUACACCAUAGUUAAUAAACGCCACAAAGAGUUGAAUAUUGGAAUUUCAAGCGACAUUAAUGAGGUACAAAUGGAGUAUUCAAGUAAUUAUUUGGCGAACAUGUGUGGUUUUCAUCGCUGUCGACCGAACUGGCUGCAAUCUUGCGCGUCCAUUAAAUGGUUUACCGCAUGUUAUGGCGUCACAAGUCUUCUGACGUCAUCGUUGUCCAUGUACAUGGUAUCGCAGAUCACCACCAUCGAGCGACAAUUUGGCUUCAGCAGCACGCGCAGCGGCCAGCUCAUGGCGUGCAACGACAUCGGCUUCUCCGCGUUUGUCCUGAUCGCCAGCUACUCUGCAAACAAAGUCAAUAUACCAAGGUUUCUGUGUCUUUCAACAAUAUUGUAUGGGAUCUCCGGAAUUCUGUGUUCCGUCCCACACUUUUUGCAUCCUCCACAACCCCUUGGCGCUGAUGUUAACCGCACCGACACACAGUUGCGACGCAGUUUAAAUGAGACGCGCAACUUCUCUGCUCACGUGCAGACCCAGUCGGAUGGUACCGGAAAUUCCAAUAGCGGAACAGUGGCCCUGGCGCUCAUCGCGAUCGGGAUGGUGUUGCAGGGGGUGGGGAAGGCGCCAAGGUCCCCAAUGGCCGGAAAGUACCUCGAUGACAACACAAAGCCAAGGGAAACUGGCUUUUACAUGGGUAUAAUCCAGACCCUUGCUAUAUUCGGUCCGGCCAUUGCCUAUGGACUGGGAGGGCUGUUCAGCCAGGUGUAUGUCACGUUAGAACCUGUGGAAAUUCACCCCCGAGAUCCCCGCUGGAUCGGCGCCUGGUGGCUAGGGUUCCUCGUGUUCGGGGUGGCCGCCAUAGUGUUCGCCGUACCUCUCGCGCUAUUCCCCUCCAGUUUCUGCGCUACACCCAAGGUCGCUGCAAACAGGGCACCGCGGGAACAGUGCUGUAGGCGUACACUGAAAGAUGUUAUUGGUAUUUUCACGAGUAGUUACAGGACGCUGCGGAUCCGCGAGUACUCCUUGUUGUUGGUCGCCAACAUCUUGAACGUGAUUGGCUACAGCGCUUUCAUGUCAUUCGCCCCGAAAUACCUCGAGGUGCAGUUCAAUAUGCCGCCGUGGACUUCCAACGUGAUACUCGGUGCAUUCGGCAUCCCGGCUGUGUGUAUUGGCACAUUUGGGGGCGGGUUGCUGACAAGGAAGUUGAAGUUGACCCCUUCUCGCUGCUCCCUGGUCAUGUUCCUGCCCCAGAUUCCCUGCCUGAUCCUCACUUUCGUCACCAUGUUGUUGUACUGCGACCAGCCGCGGAUACACAACUGGGCACAGCAGAGGUCUAACUUUCUACCGGCACCAUGCGGCGGCGAUAGAAUCUGUAGCAACAACUUCCUUCCGGUGUGUGCCGGAAACGGUGUCAACUACUUUUCACCAUGUCACGCCGGAUGUUCAGAGGGGACACACUUUAAAUUCACGAACUGCACGUGCGUAGAGACAGGGGAGGUAAGUCCGGGCCUGUGCAAGUUCGACAACUGCGACAAGCUGUGGUGGGUGGUGGCGGUCAACUUUGUCGGCACGGUGCUGGGCGCCUCGGUCAUGAUGCCAAGUUUUAUAUUUAACUUAAGGAUCGUGCCAGACAAGCUCAAGUCCAUGUCGAUUGGUAUUUCGUCGCUCGCAAUAUCCUUGUUCGCCUUUCUGCCGGGCCCAGUGAUAGGCGGAAUGCUAGUGGACGCUGCAUGUAUAUUGUGGACCGGAGAGGGAGACGCCAGGGGCUCGUGCAGUUUCUAUGACAACUCCGCACUGCGCAACAACAUCUACGGGUUUGGCAUCUCGUGCCGCGCAGGCGCAAUCGUGCUCAUGGCAGUAAUCGUCUGUCUGACGUGGCACAUGGAUAAGUGGCCAGGUCGCAAACACAAAGCGGAAGUAGAUUUCGUGUACGAGUCGCACAUCCGGGGGCAAGAGGAUGCGCUUGUUGCGAAGGACGCGGCCUUAUAGCGCCUUGCUCUCUUUGUGGAUUUCUUUUUGUUAAAUAUCACAUAACUGUUAAUAGGAAAUAACCACAUACUCUAGUUCUAGUAUAUAGUUGGGGGAACUUUGUGGGAUUAGUGAUGAUUAAGACAAUGAGUGAAUACGAAGAAAGAAUGUUGUCUAACAUAGAGAUAUUAACAAGUAAGGACAGUUGUAGGCUUAACUCCUCGGAUUAUCUGUGUCUCGCUCUGAGGAAAACCGGGCUAAAUCCAUGUAAAGUGUCGUCCCAGAUAAGCGUGUCCAGUCCGCCUAGUCCAAUCAGGGACAACAAAGUCCGAUUUUAUUGAUUUUGUGUGUAAAGUAAGUAUUUUCUAUCCAGUCUGGGUGGAAAGUGUCGUCCCAGAUUAGCCAGAUGCUGGCUGAAUUGUUGUCAUGUUUCUAAUAAACAUUUUUAAUAUACCGCAAAUCAUUAGCUUAAAAUUAGACUUUGAGGGAAAAUAAAAUGGUUAUCAAUUUGUGACGUAAAUGUGAUGGUCAGACCAUGUAUGGAAACAAUAAAGAUCUUAUUAAGUUAUUACUAUUUAUUGAAGAUUAACACAAGUUAGUAUAAAAAAUCAUUAAAUAAAUAAUUUAUCAUGAAAUUAAUUGCUCUCAAGUCUUUCAAAAUACACCCACAGCAUUUACCACAAGACAGAAAUAGAUGACAUAUUUCAUAACAUAUCCAACAUAUUUCAUAUUAAAAACAAAUCACAUAUUUUCUAACAUAUGCAACAUAUAAAAUAAGAUAAAUUACAUAUUUCAUAAUAUAUCCAACAUAUUUCAUAAGGUAAAUGACAUAUUUCAUACGAGAAAUGACAUUUCAUAAUAUAUACUAGAUAUUUAAUAAGAAAUAUGACAUAUUUCAUAUCUUACAUAUUUAAUAACAUAUCUUUUGUAUUUCACAACAUAUCUUACAGAUUGUUAUACCUUAGCUUCAAUAUGUAAACUGCUAAAACAUAUCUAUAUACAUUUCCUUUUCACAAAAAUGUUACGGCCUUUUUACUUUCAAACUUGCAGUUUCACCGUCCAAUUUAGUUUGCUUUUUAUCAUUCACAUUGGCCUGUUUUACACAAUUUGCAUUUACUGCAACUGCAGUUCCAGCUGUUUCUCCUGCCCCUUGAUUGCCUUUCCCUUUCCCUUUUGUCACUAGUGACAUACCGUCUUGCACAACGCAAACCCAAGAGUCAGGCUUGUCAAUGUCUGGGGUAAAAUCUGGGAUGUUCAGAUAACGCUUCAUUGUUCCACAUUCCAGACAUGUGACUGUGGUCAUCUUCUGACGCUUUUCUGAAAUUGACAUCAAAAGCACAAUUGUUUGCUGUGAAUUGAAGAAUUUCAAUACACAAGUAUACAUGAGUGGUAUACAUUACAUCUUUGCACAUCUUUAUACACUGUUCGCUUCAAAGAACUGUGUUUGCUAAAAUGAUAUAUAUUUAAAUGAUUACUAAAAUGGUAAACUGUUUAUUCCUGACUGCAUAAAGUUUACACAAAUGCAUCUUGUUAUAAAUUGAGUUGCAUUCUGGGAAAACUGGGCUUAAUGCAUGCACAAUUUGUUAGCCUGUGCAUUUAGCAUGGGUUAAUCAAGAAUGGCAUCUUAGGCUUAUAUAAUUUUGUUCGUUUAUAGAAGUCUUUUUUUAGCAAAAAUGCAGUAUAGACAAAAAUUGUUGUCCCUGAUAAGCCUCUACAGACUGCUCAUUUUAAACACUACUUAUAUACCGCUCAUCUGAUGUGCUAUAUAGACUGCUCAUUUUAAACACUACUUAUAUACCGCUCAUCUGAUGUGCUAUAUAGACUGCUCAUUUUAAACACUACUUAUAUACCGCUCAUCUGAUGUGCUAUAUAGACUGCUCAUUUUAAACACUACUUAUAUACCGCUCAUCUGAUGUGCUAUAUAGACUGCUCAUUUUAAACACUACUUAUAUACCGCUCAUCUGAUGUGCUAUAUAGACUGCUCAUUUUAAACCCUACUUACAUACCGCUCAUCUGAUGUGCUAUAUAGACUGCUCAUUUUAAACACUACUUAUAUACCGCUCAUCUGAUGUGCUAUUAAUGCCAUACUUUUAAUCCGUAUAACCGCUGUCCUUCCUGGCACGAGGAGGACACAGCAUCGACUGCAGAUUGUGCGCUUUAAAUUUGGGUGCCUAUGAAAUACACAGACUGAAAGAGUAUUUAUUUACAGAAAACUGAAAACAUCUGUAAACUAUUAUUUAGGAAGCACAUAUAACAUCACUAAAGAAACUGGUUGAUUGUUAUAAUUAUUGCUUACAAUCAGAGUUUUCUACACAAAGCAAAGUACAUGUACAUGCCAUUAUUAUAAUCAUAUGUAAAUAUUGUUCUUCUUUGGUGAAAAAAAGGUGAAUAUUAACUGCUCAUUUUGAUUUACAUUGAAUGACAAAAUUUAUGAAUAUUAACUAACAAAUAAUACCUGACAAACAAAAAUGUGGAUAUGUUAAAAUUGAACUUUCAGUAAAUAUAUGUUUAAAUCUAUUUACUAGUGACCAUGAGUGAUUGGGUGAUUUAUCAUUAAGUAAAAAUAAUAAUGACAAACAGUGUCAUGGCGGUUACAAUGAUGACACUCAUUCAAAAUUGUCACAUAGUAUAUGUAUUGAGAGUACCAGACUUUCUUUUUUCAUUACUAAUCAUACAUUACACAUAUGUAGAAAUGUGUUCUUCUAAAAAAAUAUGUAUAAAUUGCCUGGUCCAUUCAAGCCAUUUGUAAUUGCUUUAUCCAAUAAAUGAUUUUGUGAUUUUAUAUGCAUUUAAACAAUUAUUUCCAAUUAAUUAUAUGUAUUUAUUGUUAUAUACACUGCAAUUGUUACAAAUAUUGUAAAUUAUUGUCAGUGUCUUGUAUUAUUACUGUUGAACUGUAUUUGCAUAUAAUUAAAUGAUUCAUUUCACAAACUUUAGUACCAAUAUUACUGUCUUAUAUUACAUGUAAAACUAUAUUCUAGAAAAUGUAAAGAGGGCCAGGUGCUGGACCAACUGCCUAUGCAUAUGUACACACUUACAAAUGUCAAACAAACAUUGGAUUCAUACAGGCAGUUGAUAUUCUGCAAUUUUUUAUACAUAUACAACACCAGCUAAAUGUUUUUUCACCAUUCUUUAUUUGACUUAUAUUCAGAUAUAACGGCAUAUAUUAAAUGAUCUUUAAAUCAUAGCAAUUAAUUAUUAUUAAUUGAUUAAGCAGCAACUGUUGUCUUUAAUUAUAAAGUGCAAUGCCCAUUGAAGUAAUAAUAAAGAACUUGUGUACAUUUCCAUAACAGACAACCAUUAUAUGUGAGUAAUUAUGUAGAUUUAAUUUACCUGCUUUGCUUUAAUUAAAUCUUAAAUGGUUAACUUGUACACUAUUUAAAAUCAAUAAUUAUUUAACACUAUAAUAAAACAGGCUAAAAGUUU